AUGGAUCAUAUGUUGAUGGAGGAAAUACAAGCACAAAUGGUAGCACAGAAUAAUCAAUCUUCCAAUGUUACCGCCUCAACCGAUGGUGCUCCAAUUAAGAAGAGAAAGAAAGGUCAGACAGUUGAUGAGCACCUCGCCAACUCCACUAAGGAAAUGAGAGAACUUCGACCACUGAUUAAGCAAUCAGUUGACACUAUUGCGAGAGCACUCGGGGAGAGCGAUGAUCUCAUUAGCAAGAGAUCGAUUCUGCUGAGGAAGUUGGAAGAACUUGGAGGCCUCACAACGGUUGAUAUCAUUACUGCAUUGCGAAAGCUCUCUAACAGCGACAGGGACCUGGUGACUAAUAGAAAUCUAUUUCUAGGGUUCUAUCGAUUGGGUUGGGAAAUUGGGGAUUGA